UACGAUACGCAUGGCGGUAUCUCAUGCGGCAUGUGUCAUGUGGAUUUUUUGUAAAUAAUUAUUAUUUUGGUGAUAUUUAUAAUUAAUUACUUUUUUUCAAUAUAAUGAAAGGAAAAAAGAUGGUCCGAUAUUUUGACACUGAGAGUGAUAAUAAAGACCAGGAUAAGGAUCAAAAUGUGAAGGUGUUUAAAAUUAAAUCCACAGCAAAGAUUUUAAAAGCUCAAAAAUAUAAGAAACAGCAAUACAAUAAUGUUCAAACAAAGAAAAUUGAGACAGAGAAGAAAGCUGAACAGUAUCCUGGCAAGGCUCCAAUAAACCCUGAGAAAUUAGAACAGCAUACAAGAGGCGAAGGAAUAGGGAAGGGUGUGAGACACCCCUUAUAUGCAUUGAAAUUAAAGAAAAGAGAAAACAAGUUUAAGUAUGCAGAGGAACAGGCUGCGAGAGCUGAUAUUUUACUGACUGAAGACCAAGGUUUUCUAGAAGUAGAUGAAGAUAACCGCACAACAGCUAUUACACAAAAAGUAAUUGCUGAUAAUGUGGAUAUCACAGCAGCCACUAAGAUAUUUGAAUUGGACCUUGCCUUUGGUCCAUAUCAGGCCAAAUACUCUCGCAAUGGCAGGCAUCUGUUAUUGGGCAGUAAAAAGGGCCAUCUUGCAGGUUUUGAUUGGGUGACCAAGAAGCUACAUUUUGAAAUUAAUGUUAUGGAAUCUAUACAUGACAUCAGUUGGUUACAUGUUGAAACUAUGAUCGCUGCUGCUCAAAAGGAAUGGUUAUACAUUUAUGAUAAUACAGGAAUCGAAUUACAUUGCGUAAAGAGAAUGGACAAGAUAUUGAAGAUGGAAUUUUUGCCGUACCACUUUUUAUUAGCUGCUGUUAACGAAUACGGAUUCAUGUCAUGGUUAGAUAUUUCAAUAGGAGAAAUAGUCGGGCACUACAACAACCACAUGGGACGGACACCAGUCAUGACACAGAACCCAUUCAAUGCCACAUUGUGCUUGGGAAACUCCAAAGGUGUGGUUUCCCUCUGGUCUCCAACUGUGAAGAAACCAUUGGCUAAGAUUUUGUGCCAUAAAACACCAUUGACUGCAAUUGCUGUGGAUAACCGGGGCAUGUACAUGGCAACAUCAGGAGUGGAUAGAAGCUUAAAAAUAUGGGACAUCAGAAAUCUGGACGGACCAUUGCAACAUUAUAAACUGCGGUCAGCGCCUGUAGAUUUGGAGUUUUCGCAGAAAGAUAUGUUGGCUGUGGGUCUGGGGGAAGUUGUGGAAAUAUACAGUAAUUGUUGUACCCAAACAUCAGAAAGUCCAUAUUUGAGGCAUAGAAUGGCGAAAUCCAUAAACAAUUUCAAAUUCUGCCCAUAUGAAGAUGUUUUAGGAAUAGGCACUAGCAAAGGGUUCUCAAGCAUCAUUGUACCAGGCAGUGGCGAACCAAACUUCGACGCCCUCGAGAGUAAUCCGUUCCAAACCAAAAAACAAAGGAAGGAAGCCGAAGUUAAGGCUCUACUUGAGAAGAUUCCUGCAGAACUUAUUACUCUCAAUCCGUUUGAUGUUAUGGAAGUAGAUGUGCCUUCCAUGAAAGACAAAAUGGAAGCUAAGAAGAAUCUCUUGUAUUUGAGACAACAGAAAGUGGACUUUACGCCGAGACAUAAGAAAAAAGGCAAAACCAACAUUGCAAGAAAGAAAAUCAUGAAGGAGACUGCAAGAAAAGAAUUUGUAAAUCAAGCCAUCGAAGCAAAGAAGAUACUUGCUGAUUCAGAAAAACAAAAUAUACCAAAACAGUCAUUUGGUGUUCUAGACAGAUUUGUUCCCAAGCCUAAGUAAGAAAUGAAAUACAUAGUUUUAGUAAAAAAGUUGAUUUUAUUUCACUUAACCCCUUAACAUCCUCU